GUUAUAAUUCCCAAAACCCCUGAAACUCAGACUCAGACAGACAAACACAAUGUGUGAGACCUUAAAGAACAACUACGAGCUCUGUGAAGUGAUCGGCAGGGGCAAAUUCGGUACAAUCUCUCGCUGUUUUUCGCCCUCUUCAAAGUCCUUCUUCGCCUGCAAAGUCAUCGACAAGACCCUCUUAACAGACCCUCUGGAUCGUGAGUGUUUACAAAACGAACCAAAAUUUAUGACCCUUUUGUCUCCGCAUCAAAAUAUUGUUCAAAUCUACGACGUUUACGAAACCGAUGAGUUCCUUUCCAUUGUUAUGGAACUUUGCGAACCGGUUACUUUAUAUGACGAGAUAUUGCGAAGUCCCGUGUCAGAAGCACGUGCAGCGGUGUACAUGAAACAGUUACUUUCGGCGCUGGCGCAUUGUCACCGAUUCGGUGUUGUUCAUCGUGACAUUAAGCCAGAAAAUAUUUUUUUUGAUUCAAGGAACAAGAUAAAGCUGGGGGAUCUCGGGUCGGCGGAUUGGCUUGGAGAGGUGGGAACCACGAGUGGGCUUGUGGGGACGCCGUAUUACGUGGCACCGGAGGUGGUGAUGGGUAUGGAGUAUAAUGAGAAGGUGGAUGUGUGGAGUGCUGGUGUCGUUUUGUACACGAUGUUGGCUGGGAUCCCGCCGUUUUAUGGAGAGACAGCUGCAGAAAUUUUUGAGGCUGUUGCUAGAGCGAAUUUGAGGUUUCCCACCAGGAUUUUCAAAUCAGUCUCGCCGGCGGCUAAGGAUUUGUUGAGGAAGAUGAUUUGUAGAGACGUGUCUAGGAGGUUCUCCGCUGAAGAAGCUCUCAGACACCCUUGGAUCCUAAGCGGAGGAGAAACAGCGUCAGUGGACUGAUAUGAUUUCUGAUUUGACCCAAAAGACUUUUACUCUAAACGAAGAAAAUAAAUAGGUCAAAAUCAAAGGAGGAAAAGAAGAAGUAACUUUUAUUUACAGCAUAGCUUAACACUAAGGCCACUGUACAUAUUACCUCUAGUUCUGCCUAUGUAAACUGUCAGGCUCAGGAAGUGAUUCCAUUUUCUUCUCUACGGGACAAAAUCUGAUGGAUGGUUAAAGGAAGACGGCUACAUAGGCCUCUGCCUCUAAAGACAAAAGUAGUUUGCUUUGUUUAUUUUGUUUCUUUUUAAUGUUGGGAAGAGAAUCCGAGGGCUUGUAGAUAGGUAUAAAUAAGAGGCCGAGAGAAAUUCACUCUUCCCCUUCUUUGCCUGUUUUUGACAUGAGAGUUAAAAGGAAGGGAGAAAGCUGAAGAAUUUUGUAGUUUUAAUACCAGUACUGCUUCUUGUAUGGAGUUUAUGAGUAAUAAUAGUAAUGGAAUACGAAUGUUUAUGGCA